CCCAUGACAGCCGCUUAUCAAAUACACGGUGAGUUUCAAGAUCCGCUACGGAUUUGCUUAUUGCUGCAUUUGCAACAAGAAAAAAGUCCUCCAGUCUACAGACUGAUAACGAACGUGAUCACUCGAAUACCAAGCAUCACCAGUAGUAGAUCUCCCUUUGUGUUGCCCGUGUUCGUAACGUGAAAUGAUUCAUCAGCUUGUGUCCCUGUUGUUGAUCGUCCUGGUGCUGAGUGUUGAUGGAGCGGCAGCAUCCGGAAUGGAUUUCGGAGAUGCGUCCGCUUUAGUGAUUGGCAUUUUCCUUAGCGUAAUCGGCAUACUGGCGUGCCUCGGGCAUCACGCACGGAAGCUGCGGGCAAAUCAGUUCUAACCAAACCAAGAGCCAACCCACCCAAGAGCAUACUUUUACGCGUCAUUCACUCUAAAUUUUGUCUAUCUAUUCCGGGAUCUGUUUCAUCCUCCACCACCAUUCAUUCCUUAGUAUGCUAAGCGAUGAGCUACCUAAGAUCCAUACGACCCUUGGCACAGACGGUGGCUGUCUCUACACGGCAACCACCCAGAAUAGCACCGGCACAAUGCAUCGCGCUACCGCUACAAAGACGAAACUUUUCCUACGAAGCCACCGUCAGUGGCAUCUGGCAGUCACUCUCGCAAAGCGCUCCGGUAGCUUACGUACAGCACGGUAUGAUCAAUCUGCACGACUUCUCCGGACUACCCUGGUGGGCCACGAUCGUUCUCACAACGGUGGGCCUCCGUACGCUCGUCACCUUACCGUUGGCGGUGUAUCAAAACAAAAUACUGACCCGGCUGGAGCAAAUCUCGCUCGAAAUGCCCGAACUGAUCAAGGAGCUGAAAGCGGAAACGGCGUACGCGAUAAAAAAGUUUAACUGGACCGAAAAGGAAGCCCGCAUCAUGUACAAUCAUUCGCUAAAGAAACAAUGGAACAAGCUAAUUGUGAGAGAAAAUUGUCACCCGGCCAAGACGAUGGUGCUGCUCUGGGGACAGAUUCCGCUGUGGAUCGUGCAGUCGGUAGCGAUACGGAACCUCGUCUCGAUGAUGCCCGAUCCGACCGCGAUCGAGGCACAGAUUGCCUACACCGAGCUAACGCUUGGUGGUUUCGGCUGGAUACCGAACCUGACCGAGCUGGACCAUUCGUUAAUUCUCCCGGUAACGUUGGGCAUCAUAAAUCUAAGCAUCAUUGAGAUACAGGCAGCAUCCCGCACGAAACUACCCUCCAAAUUGCAGACCAUUUUCACCAACCUGUUCCGAGCGUUGAGCGUGCUCAUGGUACCGAUUGCGGCAUCCGUUCCCUCGUGUCUCUGCCUGUACUGGGUAACGUCGAGUGCGUACGGGUUGGGACAGAACCUGCUGCUGCUUUCGCCACGCGUUCGGCGUGCCGUCGGGAUACCGCUCGUCCCAUCGGAGCUUACCCAUCCCUAUCAACAUCUGCGCAGCACGCUGGCUGCCAAACUUGGUACACUAACGAACAUUGGUUCCGGUAAUCAUCCGCCUAGCACGAAAGCGUGAACCGAGAUGUGAUUGUUUUCGGAUAAUAAAAACAUUAGUAAGACAUUUUGUUAUAAAACAAA